AUGAAUAAACCAGUGUGCUUCAUUGACACGGACUCAGCUGGGAAGCUGUGUGUGCAGCAGUCGGCUCUUGAGAUCCUGGAAAAGAUCCACAAGCCGGUGGUGGUGGUGGCUGUGGUGGGGCUUUACCGCACCGGGAAGUCCUACCUGAUGAACCGCCUCGCUGGGAAACAAACAGGGUUUGCGCUGGGAAGCACAAUUGAGUCCAAGACGAAGGGCAUCUGGAUGUGGUGUGUGCCCCAUCCCACUAAAGCAGGAAUCACUCUAGUUCUGCUGGAUACAGAGGGACUCGAAGACGUGGAUAAGGGAGACCCAAAGCAUGACACCAACAUCUUCAGUCUGGCUGUGUUACUCAGCAGCACUCUGGUCUACAACAGUCGAGGGACAAUUGACAACAAGGCUGUCAUGGAACUACAAUAUGUCACUGUAUUAUCAGAGUGCAUCAAGGUCAAAUCAUCAGAUGAGGAUGCUGAGGAUUCAAGCGAGUUUGUAAAGUUCUUCCCUAGUUUCAUCUGGGCUGUGAGGGACUUCACACUGGAGCUAAAGAUCAAUGGCAAAGAUGUAACCGAGGAUGAGUAUCUAGAGUUUGCUCUGAAGCUGAAACAUGGUAAUUUAAAAAUACUGCAAAAUAUUAUUUUUAAUAAUUCAUCAACAACUAUCACAAAUAUCAAAACUACUUCUAUUCUGGGUCAUCUGGCUAAAACAUAUGUGGACACCAUCUCAAGUGGGGCUGUGCCAUGUCUGGAGAAUGCUGUAAUAGCAAUGGUAAUAAUUGAGAAUGAGGCUGCAGUGAAGGAGGGCCUUCAGGUUUACCAAAGUGGAAUGGAGAAGCUGAAGGACUCCUUCCCUCUGGAACAGAAGGAUGUGUCUUCAGAACACCAACAUCUUAGCAGCAUGGCAACACAAGUCUUCAUGAAGCGUUCCUUCAAGGACACUGAUGGGAAGUACCUGAAAUCCCUAGAGGAAAAUAUUAUUAAACUCUUUGAUGGAUACCUGUGCCAAAACGAAAAAUCUUCAAAGAAAAGAUGUGAGGAAAUCCUGUCAUCCCUCUCUGCACCAGUGAUGGAAAAACUCGAGCAGGGCUUCUAUGCCAAACCUGGUGGCUAUGAUCUCUUCUGCACAGAUCUGGAGAACAUUGUGAAGAAAUAUAACAGCCAGGCCAAAAAAGAAGUCAAGGCUGAAGAGGUCCUAGAGGAGUUCCUGAAACAGAAAUCUGUGGAUUCUAAAGCUAUUCUGCAGGCCGACAAGAAACUGACUGAGAAGGAGAAAAAGAUUAAAGAGGAAAAAGAGAAAGCAGCCUUCCUGGGGCAGAAAAUUAAAGCUGGAGAGGAGAAGCAGCGACAACUCAAAGAGAAGAUGGAAGCAGAGAGACAGAGCAACGAAGAGAGGAUGAGACAGAUGAAGGACAAGAUGGAUGAGGAGCUAAGGCUUCAGAAAGAGGAGGCUGAACGUGCCAUGAACAGUAAACUGAGAGAGCAGGCUGAUCUGCAGGAGAAGGGCUUUAAGGAGAAGGCAGACAGGAUGAGCCAAGAGAUCGAAGAGUUCAGGAGAAAGAGCACUGAAGCCGAAAGUAACAAAGCUAGAGAGUUUGCUGCUAUUUUAGAAAACUCAGACAGGAGACAUGAGGAGUUUAUGGCUAUGAUGAUGCAGCAGCACAGAGAACACAUGAUGGCCAUGCAGAAGCCGGAUCCACAUGCAAGCAUCUGUCGUAUCAUGUGAAAUGGAUUG